AACUGUGGAGUGACUCCUCAGAGAAGAUUUUCUCUGCAGUCCUUCGCGCGAUCGCGCUCCGGCGUUCUCGUUCGGGGCGGUGCUUUUGCACGCGCUGUCCUCACCCCAGCCAGGAUCGGGGGCGGCGGGGAGCGCGGGUCGGAGGUGAGCGCGCGUGGCGGCAGCGGCCGGCGGGUGUCGCGUCGCAAUGGCCAAGCACCACCCGGACCUCAUCUUCUGCCGCAAGCAGGCGGGCGUGGCAAUUGGAAGACUUUGUGAAAAAUGUGACGGCAAAUGCGUGAUCUGUGACUCCUAUGUGCGGCCCUGCACUCUCGUGCGCAUAUGUGAUGAAUGUAACUACGGCUCAUACCAAGGGCGCUGUGUAAUCUGCGGGGGUCCAGGAGUGUCUGAUGCCUACUACUGCAAGGAGUGUACCAUCCAGGAAAAAGAUAGAGAUGGUUGUCCUAAGAUUGUCAACCUGGGCAGUUCCAAGACAGAUCUCUUCUACGAAAGGAAAAAGUACGGCUUCAAGAAGAGGUGAUCCCAUCCGUACGUGGCUACACCUCCUAUCGGGUUGGCAAGAGGGUCUUGGAACAUCUCUGGACUUUACUGUCACCGAAAACCGGUUGAUUAUUUUUUUCUAAAGCAGUACAAAUUCAGUAGUAUACUUGGGGUUGGAGAAAUAACAGACUGAGUGGGGACUGAAACCUGAUCAGAACUGACUCUCAGAAAGAGCAAGUGAGGAUUUCUGUCUCUUGCCUUUUCAGAAGCUCUGCUAGUAGCUGCCCCAGCUCACUGUAAAAAUCCUGGUGGGCAAGUAUUUACACGUGGAGGAGACCAGCUCAGUAAAAUGCAAGUGCCAUUUCUGGUGUGGGGAAACACCUUAUGGUUGUUCUUACUGGGCCUCCUCUCAAUUGUUUGAAAUCAUCCCACGCAUCAGUAUUGAGGAACAGAGCACCAAUCCCACGUGUCCACUCCCCCUCCUCCCUUCCUCCAGUAUAUUUCCAUGCUGCCCUGUUUUGUAAGGAACCUGCUCAUGGCUGGUGCCUUCCUAGGGAGAGCACAGCUGCUCCAUGUUUUCUUUGAUAGAUUAAUCCAAGGCCCUUUCUUGUAACUGUUUCUGUAGGAUGCAUACCAAUAAAGCUUCUCCUUUUGUUUUUUUGGGGUUUGGGGUUUUUUUUAAUUUUUAUUUUGUAUAACAAGGAUUUCUCUCUGGUUCGUUCUGUCCCCAGCCUCUCUGGAGUUUUCUGGGGACAUGCAGGAUUAGUCCAGCUAGAACUGCACAAUGGGUUAUCUGGUUUCUGACAGUGCCUGCUUACGGCCAUGUGACCUUGCUGCAAGGAGCUUCAGGGAAUGGCUAUCGCUUUUGUCUGCCUGUGAUCCCAGCCACUGAUCAUUUUGUCCCAUAGCGUGAGGAUCGCUGAGCUUGUAACCCUUAUCCUAGCUAAUACAACUGUGGAUGUUGUUUCACCAUGCAAGCAUCCAAUCCCUUUCUAAAACCUACUAAGCUAUUUGACUUGCUAUCCUGUUCUUGUGAAUUAGUUAAAGCCUUCCCUGCUGUAACUGGAAACCAACUAUUGUGUUCUAGGCUAUUAGCCAUAUGCACGCUGAAAACCAGAGGCUGCUUGUUUGUCAAAUACCAGUACAGGCUAAAAGCAGUCUGUUGGCUCAGCAGAGAUCUGGGAACGGGCACCUUUAUGCAGAGGCAGAACUGCGUUCCCUACUAGUGUGUGCACUUCUCAGAUGGUUAAAUUAGGGACCUAGCUCGGUGUGUCCUGUAGUCCUUAAAGUCUUCAUAGUCUGAGUAGAGUGUGUGCUACAGUAAUGGGAUUUUCUUUGUGCAGUUUUGAGGUGCAGGGCCCGUUUUGUGCCCCUUCCAGGAUUUCAUUUGUUCCCCUGAGGUUAGUACUGAUUCCUCUCAACUCCUCUGUGGCUUAAAUGCCUCUUCUACCUGCUUCAGCCAUUUCGGCAUUUCAGAUAAGAGUGAAAACAAACAGACAAGUUGUGAUCAUCCUUCCCUUAAAAGUCAUUUCUUCCUGCUGCAGCUGGCUCUAGCUAUGACUGGUCCUACAGCUGUCUCAGCUGCUCCUCCCUUUCUUCCCCCCCCAGCUAUUAAUUCUGUCAGGUUUCUCUUCCAAGCUUUUUGCAGUCCUGAGAGUAUCUGUAUGUCUUCUUCCCUGGACAGUGGUUCCCUUAUACAGCUGGUUAAUUUUUACUAACGUGGAUGCCGUUUGCCAAGAUGGUCAGAGCAAACAGGUUCUUUGGUUCCAGCAAACCCACUCUCUCAAAGGAAUUCUACCUGAGUAAGCAGCUGCCUCUUGUUCCUGGCUGGGAAGUCCAUGUCAGAGCCAUUAUUAGCCGUGUUAAAUUUUGUAUUUCUUUAAAAGCAGGGCAUGACAUGCAGAUUUUUUUGUACCUGGAACUUUAUCACUUCAACCAGAAUUUAUCAUUUGUUCUCAGUCAGGCCACUCAAAUUAUCGCACUAGGAAUGCAGGAGGUUUAUACAUAUUUUUUUUCUUUCCUGGAAGUUUCCAAGAUAACAAAAGUUGUUCUGUGAAGGUAGAGGGAAAUGAAGUAUGUCUUUUGUCUCAGAGUUAUUGCCGCUGGUGCAGAGACCCCUAGAAGGUCUAAUUUUAGAGCAGCCCUUGUUCCCGAUCAUUUAGCACAAUCAGCCAGGCAGGGGUUGCUAUAGAGAUAUGAGUGUCCCCAUCCCUUCCCCCACCCCAAAAAAAGGCAGAGCAUACUUACUUUCUUGGCACUCCCGGUGCCCUCGCUCUGACUGCUGAGUAUAUCGGUCUGCGUUCUGGCAGCAAUGAGAGUUAAGCUGCCAUUUCUAGUUGUUCUGAGUCACUGGGCAGGUGGAGAGAGGGAGGGACAGGCUUUUUCCCCUUUGCCUUGUUUGCCCAGACAUCUCUGGGGAGAAUGCCAAAUGCUGGUGCUCGGAUCAGUUCAGCGCCGCUGCCUUUCUGGUACUUUCAGAGCACAGACAGGACAUUGCCCCGAAGCUGCUAAUUCAGACAAGGGUAAUGAAUGCAGUUGGGUAGCCCAGAAAAACUCAGCCUUGCUUGCGUGGUAAUGAUUUCUGUUCACCAGCAAAUGAAACCCAGUCAGGGCCCCUGGAAAAGUGCUGUAUUUCUUAACCUAAAUAGAUUUUAAAGUACUUGUCCAGUAGAAGAUUUCCUGGCAGUACUGGAGACCAGAGCACAUGCAAAAAGGGCAAACUUCCCUGCAGGGGGGGGAAUGAGACAAGCCGUGUCCCGCUACUGUGUGCCUGCCAAGCUCUGGAAGGGCUUCAUCAGACCUUGGAGUCUUAAGCAGCCUGAUUCAGGGGCUCCCCCGCUGCCAGCUGUGAAGCACUUGCAUGACAACUGCAAGGAAGGGUGGGAGGGACGGAUGGACAGACGCGUCUCUGUGGCAGCCGAACCCCCGUGGUGCUGCCUGCAAAUCCUAAUUGCAUGGAGCUAAAUGUGUCUUCCUGCUGUCACUUUUCUAGGUAGGGUUAAUUGCUUUUUUCUUUGUUAAUCAAAAGGAUGGUAUGUAAUAAGUAAAAAAAUCUCUUUAUUGCAAAUAUUUACAUUGGGAGGAGGAACAUUGGACCUCUUGGCUUAUUAAGCAAUUGGCCUCUGUCGCCGGUACUAACAAGACAUCGCCGUGUUCUGAAAUGUAGAUGUUCCAUGCUACGCGCCUCUUCAACUACCAGCCACAGCUACAACCAAGCUCAGCAAAUAGCUCCGUAACACACCUCUGGUCCUUUGAAUCAUCUAGACCUUGUCUUGACAAAGCCCUUGAGCCUAAAGCAUUACUUUUCUUUAAAAAAAACCAACCCACGAAGGUAGGCAAAGGCCUCGAGUCUGCCUGUGAGCUUUUCCUGCGGGAAUUGUAUAGACAAAAUCCCGCUUCUGAAACCUUAUCUGCACAGGAGCUGUUAUUUUCUCAUUACGGGGAUCAGCUGGAGAUGUUGUUUGCCUGUUUCAAUAGCAGGAAAGAAUUUUUCAUUUCCUUGAGGUUGUCAUGUGACUUGAAUGUAAAGAGGAUUCAGGGUAUGGCAGUGUUAAUUACGCCUGAUUAUAACCUGACUGCCCUUCCUUGGCAUUAAAUAACCCAGCAAAACGAGCUCUGUCCCGGCGGCCUGGCAAUUCCUUCUCUCCCAGCACACACGUGAUUCGGUAGCUUUGCUUUGACGUAAUAGCCAAAUGGCCAAGAAUGCGUGAGCAGAUACUGUGACAGAAUUCCUCUGCCUGCAUGUGUACCAGGGCGACGCGAUAAUUAAAGGAGCACGGUCAAGGCGCAAGUAUUUUAAAGAGCCCUAAUGUGUAACACCCUCUUAGUAACACCUUAUUAAAACAACAAUAGAAUUUUAGAAA